AUGCUGAUAAUUUUGUGGAAAGAUCCUUUCAAGCGGUUUCGAACACCACCUACGUUUUUGAUUUGCGGAAUGGUAUUGGCCAACUUUACCAGUGGGCUAAGCGCCGGCCCUCUUUUUUGCUAUUAUGUCAUUUCUUCAUGUUCGGCACUGAGACCUCCGUAUUUAGAACUGCUGUGGAACGCUGCCAGCUUUAUGCUGUACUGGACAACAAGUGUGUCUUAUUUUUCAAUGCUCGGAUUAUCAUUGUGCCAGUACGUUGGGGUAAAGAUGCCUCACAAGCACUCUGGGUUAGUCACUAAAAAGACUACUGCUAGCUUCCUUGGAAUUAUUACUUUCAUCUCAUUUGUAAAACCGGGUCUGCUUCCUCUUGGUGUUUCCCCAAUCAUAGUGGAAAAACUACAACUGUAG